UCAGUAGUGCUGAAACAAUCAUUUUUAUGUGACUUAAACGGUGCUUGUAUUUGCCGUAUAUAUUGGCGAUAAUAGAGAACGCGCACUAUGCAUUUCACGUUACAUUUAUUUGUUAUCGUAAUUCAUCUCUCAUUACUUGCUGCACAAAACGUCUCAAAACCGCCAUCCGCACCAUCACGAUCUCCACCUCCACUUCUACCCUCACCUGCCCCUACGCCAGACCCUAAUAGAUUCUUUAAGAAACCGGAGAAAAAAACAGCCAAGGAAGAGUUCGAUAAACAGUUAACAGAUUGGUUAUUCACUGGAUGUUGGGGUGCCCAAACGGGAAAGCCUUCUCCAUCGAAUAUAUGCACACAAUAUCGCGCCGCGAAAGAGUAUCCUGGUUACGAUGGAUGGUACAAUAAUAUCGGUAAACCAGAGCUAGGCGCCGUCGACACUCCCUUGUUGAGGAAACUACCAGCAGCUUAUGAAGAUGGAGUAUACAAACCAUCAGGUUCUAAGAGACCGAAACCAUUAAUCUUGAGCGAUAAGCUGCUAAAGGGAAAUAUUGGAUCUAAAUCAAGAACUGGAAGAAACGCAUUGCUCGUGUUUUUUGGUCAACAAGUGGUGGAGGAAAUUUUGGAUGCUCAGAGACCAGCGUGCCCACCUGAAUAUAUUAACAUAGAUAUCCCGGAAGACCAUCAAUAUAGGAUUAAACCGGGGCACACGGAGAUGCCUAUUUUACGCACACGGUAUGAUCAACGCACGGGUCAUUCGCCGAACAAUCCACGACAACAGCUAAAUGAGAUCACGCCGUAUUUGGACGGCGGACUGAUUUAUGGCACGUCAAAAGCAUGGUCGGACGUUUUGAGAACGUAUGCCAACGGAACCGUGCAUCCGAGUGGCGAACUCGCGUCAUCGUUUUCCGGCUUGUACCCUGAGCGCAACAGUGUAAGAUUACCAAUGGCGAACCCACCACCACCGGCCCACCAUUCGCUAUACGUUUCACGACACUACACCGAGGAGGUCACCAGAUAUUUCAAGUUAGGAAAUCCACGAGGGAACGAGAAUCCGUUCCUGCUGACUUUCGGUAUAGUGUGGUUCCGAUGGCACAAUUUCCUGGCGAAGCACAUUAAACGUCUCAAUCCAGAUUGGUCGAGCGAGAAGAUUUACAACGAAGCUCGUAAAUGGGUAAUAGCGACUCAACAGCACAUUGUGGUCAAUGAAUGGUUGCCUUCGUGGUUAGGGACGGAACUUUCUAAUUAUAUUGGUUAUAACCCCAAUAUCGACCCGCAGAUAGAUCAAUUCUUCCAAUCAGCUGCUUUCCGUUUCGGGCACACUUUAGUUCCACCAGGUGUAUACCUUCGUAAUUAUGGAAGAAACAAUUGUUCCCUGGAGCGAUUUCCAAUCAGAACAUGCAACAAUUACUGGAUGUCGCAGAAUUCUCUUUUUGCCAAUUUCACGGAAAUGAUCAGUGUCGAUGUGGAUAAAUUAUUAAUGGGAAUGGCUAUUCAAUUAUGCGAAGAAGAAGAUCACAAAAUCGUUGAAGAUCUACGAGGCAGUUUGUUCGGUCCAUUGGAAUUUUCCAGAAGGGAUUUAAUGGCGCUUAACAUUCAACGAGGACGGGACCAUGGCGUACCGGAUUUCAAUAGCGCUCGUCGUGCGUACGGUCUACAUGAGGUUAAAAAUGUAUCCCAUUUUGUUCAUGUGUCACCAGAGAUUAAAAAUGAGUUCCUCAAGCUAUAUAACUCGUUUGAUGACGUGGAUAUCUGGGUAGGGGGAAUACUAGAGACCGGUGAUACACCUGGUGAAUUAUUCCGAGAAAUCAUCCGCGAUCAGUUUCAGAGAAUACGUGAUGGCGAUAGAUUUUGGUACAAAAAUCUAAACAACGAACUUUUUACUGGAAAAGAAGUUAUACGGAUAGACGAAUUAUCAUUCUAUGAUUUGUUAAUGUGUAUCACUGAAAUGGACUGGAAUGAUAUCCCAAGGAAUCCCUUUAGAGUACCUACAAAAGAGGAGGAGAUGCAUCCAAACUGUAAGAAAAAUAAUGUUAUCAAAAAAGGCGCAUGUACUACUGGCCCGUGCUUUCACGCUGAACAAAUAAAUGAAAAUAAUAUCGAGAAGUGUACCGAGCCUGGAACUUACGAUUUCUUUUCCAAUAGCAGCGCGUCUUUUAUUCUUACAUUUUUAAGCGUAACAACAUUUUUCUGCGGUCUUAUUGCGGCGAUCUCUUAUAAGAUACAGUUCAAGGAGAAAGGACUGAAACCAGAAAAUGGUAGAAAAAUGGAACAUAUUGAUAAUGUAGAUAGCAUAUUUAUGGGUAAAUUUCCAGCUAAGGAAUGGCAAGAGCCGAAAUCCUCUUUGAGAAAUGUUUUAGUAACACCAAAUAUCAGAACUCAACAAUUAGAAGUAAAGAAUCAAUUGGGACAUUUGAUACGCGCCAUGGAAUUUCCAUCUAAUAGCAAUGUUAUGAUUUACUGCUCAACCGAUAACCAUUACAUGUUGAUUCGCGUACAUCACAGUUACGAUUUAGUGCUGAAAUUUGAUUCGGAAUAUGUAAGAAGCACAUUUAUAAAAGCAUUCGAUAAAUUUAUGUCAGGAAUUGCAGCAGUCGGAAAUGUAUGCUCAGUGCAAAUGACAAAUGUUACGCUCGCGAUGAUGCUCAAGCAAGCAAUAACUAAGAAGCACCGUCAAAAGAAAUUAGAGAUGUUCUUCCGUGUUGUAUUCGCACAGGCGUUCCACAUCGCACAUACGAAGGAGGAAAUAUUACAAAUAGCCUCGACAGUAGCGAAAGAAGUAAUUUAUACGGAAUUAACUAUCAUAGAAUUUGCGGAAGCCUUGAGCAUGAGGCCGGACUCUGAGUUCGUAAAGAAGAUAUUUAAUUUAGUGGAUAAAGACAAAAGCGGCUUUAUAUCAUUCCGGGAGUUCGUUGAUAUGCUGGUGAUAUUUUUAAAGGGCUCCGCCGAAGAGAAGAUAAAGUUAAUGUUCGAUAUGUAUGACAUCAACGGUAAAGGAAGAUUGAAGAGGGAGGAAUUUUCAAAUAUGUUAAGAUCGUUUAUGGAGACAGUCAAUGCUGACGUAACGGACGACGAAUUAGAGUCUCUAGUGCAGUCUAUGAUGUACCACGCCAACUUGGCGAACAAAGAAACUAUAAAUCUGCAGGACUUUCAGCAAAUUCUGAGCGAUUUUAACGAUCAGUUUAAUUAUGCCGAGCUGGAAUUCAAUGUGCAAGCAGACGGGAGGAACAGGAAACUUCACGCGGGCGUGAAAACAGUUAGAUCAACAUUCAUCGGUGAGGUACAGAAAACGGUGGAGAGUUUAUAUGCCGAUCCCAGUGAAUUGCAAUCAAGAGUUGAAGGCAAAGUCGAGAACGAACAAGAUAUAACGGAGAAAAGAGACAAUAGUGAGGUCAUCGACAGGGAUGAGAAGAUCGUUGAGGAAGUGAAGAAGUACUCGGACGAUUAUUGGUAUCCUAUAAUGAAGUACCUCGCUAACAAAAGAUUGCAAAUAUACUGGACGUGUUUGUACACUCUGUUGCUCCUUGGAAUAUUCGCCGAACGAGUGUAUUAUUAUUCGAUAGAACGAGAACAUUCCGGUCUGAGACGAAUAUUGGGCUACGGUCUGACCAUAACUAGAGGUGCGGCGUCGGCAAUGAUGUUUACUUAUUCUACACUGUUAUUCAUGAUGUGCCAUAAUACCAUCACGAUCCUGAGGACUACAGUUCUGCAGUUUUACAUUCCAUUCGAUUCUGCGAUCGAGAUGCAUAAAUACAUCGCUUGUUGGGCGCUGGCUUUUACCGUAUUACAUAUUAUUGGACACGGCUUCAACUUUUACCACAUAUCCACGCAGACUGCCGACGAUCUGCUAUGUCUGUUCCGGAAUUAUUUCCACGCGACGCAUGAAUUGCCCAAAUUUCAUUACUGGUGUUGGGGUACAAUGACAGGUAUAACAGGAGUAUUUUUAACCUUUGUGACUGGAUUGAUAUUUAUAUGUUCGUUGUCGAUGGUGCGCAAAACAUUUUACAAUUGGUUCUCUUUUGUGCACUCCCUGUAUCCAGUUUUCUACAUACUCAUGGUGUUACACGGAAGCGGAAGAUUAGUACAAGAACCAUAUUUUCACUAUUUCUUUUUGGGACCGAUUAUCCUAUUUAUUUUGGAUAAGGUUGUAACAGUGACUAGAACGAGAAUAGAAAUACCAAUACUUAAAGCGGAUAUUUUGCCAUCAGGUGUAACAUGUUUAAUAUUUCCAAAGCCUUUAAAUUUCCAAUAUAAAUCUGGCCAGUGGAUUAGAAUAGCGUGCCCAGCAUUACAAACAAAUGAAUACCAUCCGUUCACUUUAUCUUCCGCACCGCAUGAGACUAGUUUAAGUAUACAUGUAAGAGCAGUUGGACCAUGGACUACAAAUAUCAGAGAUAAAUUAGAGCAAUGUACCAUGUCCAAUGAGAAUUUGCCAGUGAUUCACAUAGAUGGCCCAUAUGGAGAAGGUCAUCAAGACUGGGAUAAAUAUGAAGUAGCAAUCAUGGUUGGUGGUGGUAUAGGUGUUACACCUUUCGCCUCAAUACUCAAGGAUAUAGUUUUUAGAUCAAACCAUAAUGUGAACUUCAGUUGUAAGAAGGUAUAUUUUCUUUGGGUUACAAGGACUCAAAAGCAAUUUGAAUGGAUGGUUGACAUAUUGAGGGAUCUUGAAAAAACAGAUGCCAAAAAUAUAAUAUCGAUUCAUAUCUUUAUUACUCAAUUUUAUCAAAAAUUUGAUCUACGAACGAUACUUUUGUACAUUUGUGAACGUCAUUUUCAAAAAAUUUCAAGUAAAUCCUUGUUUACUGGUUUGAAAGCAGUCACACAUUUUGGGCGCCCAAAAUUUUCUCAAUUCUUCCUAUCUAUACAGAAAUUACAUCCUUCUACAAAUAAGAUUGGUGUUUUCAGUUGCGGUACACCAACAAUGACCGAAGCAGUAGAUGCUGCUUGCAAAGCAAUUAAUUUAACAGAAAUCAAUGAUACACUGUUUCAACACAUUUAUAAAAGUUUCUAAAUUUACAGAUAUUUAGUAUAAAAUUUUAUUUUUAAUGA